AUGUUCGGUUUUCAGCGAAGGGGAUUGGGCGCUCCGCGACUAUUGCUCUCGCUUUUGCUCCUCGCAUUCCGGGAGGAGGGGAGCGGCCAGAUACACUACUCAGUCCCAGAGGAGGCCAAACACGGCACCUUCGUGGGCCGCAUCGCGCAGGACCUGGGACUGGAGCUGGCGGAGCUGGUGCCGCGCCUGUUCCGGGUGGCGUCCAAAGGCCGAGGGGACCUUCUGGAGGUGAAUCUGCAGAAUGGCAUUUUGUUUGUGAAUUCUCGGAUCGACCGGGAGGAGCUGUGUGGGCGGAGCGCGGAGUGCAGCAUCCACCUGGAGGUGAUCGUGGACAGGCCGCUGCAGGUGUUUCAUGUGGAGGUGGAGGUGAAGGACAUUAACGACAACCCGCCGGUGUUCUCUCUCAGGGAACAAAAGCUGCUGAUUUAUGAAUCUAAGCAACUGGACUCGCGUUUUCCGCUAGAGGGAGCUUCUGAUGCGGAUAUAGAAGAGAAUGCUCUAUUAACUUACAGACUAAGUCAAAAUGAGUAUUUUUCUUUAGAGUCUUCAACAAAUAGUAAGCAGACCAAAAGAUUGUCACUUAUACUAAAGAAGUCUCUGGAUAGAGAGAAAACUCCGGAACUUAAUUUGGUGCUGACGGCUACAGACGGGGGAAAACCUGAGCUCACUGGCACCGUUCAGCUGUUUGUCCGCGUCUUGGAUGUUAACGACAAUGAUCCGGAGUUUGAUCAACCAGAAUACAAGGUGAGAUUGAUGGAAAACGCUGCUAAAGAAACUCUUGUGAUAAAAUUAAACGCCACAGAUCGGGAUGAAGGAGUCAACGGGGAGGUAACAUACUCCUUAAUGUCAAUUAAGCCCAAUGGAAGACUCUUAUUUACACUAGAUGAAAAUAAUGGAGAAGUGAGGGUCAAUGGAAAUUUAGAUUAUGAAGAAAACAAGUUUUACGAAAUUGAAGUACAGGCCACAGAUAAGGGGACCCCCCCAAUGGCAGGUCACUGUACAGUCUGGGUAGAAAUCUUAGACACCAAUGAUAACUCCCCUGAAGUCGUCGUGACUUCCCUGUCUCUCCCAGUACGAGAGGAUGCUCAGCCAAGCACAGUCAUUGCUCUGAUCAGCGUAUCCGACCUCGAUGCUGGUGUGAACGGACAGGUGACCUGCUCUCUGACGCCCAACGUCCCCUUCAAGAUAGUAUCCACCUUCAAAAACUAUUAUUCACUGGUUCUGGACAGCGCUCUGGACCGCGAGAGUGUGUCCUCCUAUGAUGUGGUAGUGACCGCGCGGGACGGGGGCUCGCCUUCACUGUGGGCCACCGCCAGCGUGUCCGUGGAGGUGGCCGACGUGAACGACAACGCGCCAGUGUUCCCGCACCCCGAGUACACGGUGUUCGUGAAGGAAAACAACCCGCCGGGCUGCCACAUCUUCACGGUGUCGGCGCGGGACGCGGACACUCAGGAGAACGCGCAGGUGUCGUACUCGUUGGUGGAGCGGCGGGUGGGGGAGCGUGCGCUGUCGAGCUACGUGUCGGUGCACGCGGAGAGCGGCAAGGUGUAUGCGCUGCAGCCGCUGGACCACGAGGAGCUGGAGCUGCUGCAGUUCCAGGUGAGCGCGCGCGACGCGGGCGUGCCACCUCUGGGCAGCAACGUGACGCUGCAGGUGUUCGUGCUGGAUGAGAACGACAAUGCUCCAGCGCUGCUGGCACCUCGGGCUGGCAGCACAGGCAGUGCGGUGGCCGAGAUGGUGUCGCGGUCUGUGGGGGCGGGCCACGUGGUGGCGAAGGUGCGCGCGGUGGACGCGGACUCUGGCUACAACGCGUGGCUGUCGUAUGAGCUGCAGCCAGCAGCUGGAAGCGCGCGCAGCCUGUUCCGCGUGGGGCUGUACACGGGCGAGAUCAGCACGACGCGCGCCUUGGACGAGACGGACUUGCCACGCCAGCGCCUGCUGGUGCUGGUGAAAGACCACGGCGAGCCCGCGCUCACGGCCACGGCCACCGUGCUCGUAUCGCUGGUGGAGAGCAAACAGGCACAGAAGGUCUCGUCGCGGGCACUGGCAGGCUCUGCAGUCCAGGAGGCGGCGCUGGUGGAUGUCAACGUGUACCUCAUCAUCGCCAUCUGCGCCGUGUCCAGCCUGCUGGUGCUCACGCUGCUGCUGUACACGGCGCUGCGGUGCUCGGCGCCGCCCAGCGAGGGCGCGUGCGGGCCGGGCAAGCCCAGGCUGGUGUGCUCCAGCGCGGUGGGGAGCUGGUCAUACUCGCAGCAGAGGCGGCAGAGGGUGUGCUCUGGGGAGGGCCCGCCCAAGACCGACCUUAUGGCCUUCAGCCCCAGCCUUCCACCAGGUCUGGAUAGAGAAGACCAAGGGGAAAAGCAGGAGGCAGUAUCAAAUCACCCUGGACAGGUGAGUUUUAUAUAG